GAGAAGUAUAAAAGCUCGAGCGAAGAGGGUGGAUGGACCAGACCUUGACCGUAACCGUAACCGUAAUAGUAUCGUUUCCACGGAGUCGACCAUGUCCAGAGUGUUUCUCUUGCUCGUGGGCCUGUGUGCCUUCGCGUCGGCCCAGGACGAAAUGAAGCUCGUUCUCAGAGUUUUCGAGGAGUGUUCGGGGCCCGGUGUCGAGGCGAGUCCCUGCCUCAAAAUGAAGCUCAUAUCCGCCCUUGACAGGGCGUCCAGGGCCAGGGAUCUGGAGAUCCUGGACGGCGUCCAUCUCAUCGGGGAGGAACAACAGGAAAACAACGCCGUAAGCGAGCCUGAACUCGAAGCAUCGCUACCCAGAUCUUUGGACGACAAGGAAAACGCCCUUGACGACAUCAUCCUGGACAAAGUAACAAAAUUCGUGCAGAGUAGGUCCCUCCAAUUUAAACUGACCAACCUCAGCGAAAUCCCAAGGAGCCUCGGAAUGGAGGAAGCUCGUCGUAAGAAGAAAGGUGGCGGAAUCAUUCUCUUGUUGCUCAUGAUGGUCGGCUCCAUGGUCAAGCUCAAGCUCGGUGCUCUUGCCGUCCUCGCCGGAAAAGCUCUCAUCAUCGCCAAGCUCGCCCUCGCCCUCGCAGCCAUCAUCGGACUGAAAAAACUUCUCAGCCACCACGACGACCACCACGACUACCAGGUGGUACAGGUACCUCACCACGGUCACCACAGGAGAUCCGUCGACUUACCCUACAGGGCAUACGCACCCAAGGAAGAAUAGGGUGCAAAGAUCGUCGUUUCAUCCCGUGUAUAUUUCUCUCCCUAAUUUAUCCACCAACUAUUUAUUAUCCAUUAUUUAUUAAU